AUGAGAGGUCUCAGUUACAUCUUAUUUUUCCUCUUUGCUCUUCUGUGCGCGGCUUCUCCGAACAAUCUCAAACUCUCCCCAGAAGUAGAGAAAGAAACAAAAGCAGACAACAUCAAGGUGCUCAAAGAGGCUGCCAAGGGACAUGCGCUGAAAGCCAAGACACGAUAUGCCCUCGUCGAGAAGUGGGCCCCCAAGGGUCAUAACGCUUACGAAUGUGUGACUGGCUGGUCCCAUGUUCGUCUCAUCGUCGGUACCUAUGAAUCCGACACGGAAUUUUCCGACCCAAAGGCAUUCGAUCUGGGAACAAGAAAUGGCCGCAUCGAAAAGGGUGGGCAGGUUAAGACCCAAGAGUCUGACUGGAGAGCCAACCACAUCCUUGCUGGUGCUGGGCCCUUGGCAUACUGGCACAAGGUUGCAACCCCCAGUAAAUAUGAGUUUGCGGGAGAGGUCAAGGAUUCCAUGCACUCAAUUAAGAAAAAGGCCGAGGAAUACGAGAAGAAGAAUCCUCACUACAACCUCCUGACCAACAGCUGCUUGACCUUUACGAAUACUUUGUAUAAGGAGAUUAAAUGA